AUGGCUCUUCGGAAGUACAUUCCUUCGAGUGAUGCACCUUCAGGUAGUAUGAAGCCUUUGAGCUUUUCCAGUAAGGGGCGCGAGAAUGCUCAACUUGCAGAGCCAGAGACAACUCUCAGAAGGGUGAAAGAUGUGGAUGUUGAGCUUAGUGAAGUUUACUUCUUAAUUAUGCAUUUUCUUUCAGCUGGGCCAUGCCAGAGAACAUGUGUACAGUUUUGGAAUGAACUUCUUGAACAUCAACUUUUACCUAGAAGAUAUCAUGCUUGGUAUGCAAGAAGUGGAGCACAUAGUGGAGAUGAAAAUGAUAAUGGUCUAUCAUUUCCAUUAAGUUACAAUAGUUUGGAGGAGCGGUACCCUCAUAUUGAGAAGAAUCACUUGGUCAAGCUUUUGAAGCAAUUGUUGCUCAAUACAGCCUCUUCAUCAGAAGUUUUGAUUGGUGAUGCUCCAAAUGCUGCUGAUGUUCCUACCCUUCUGGGAAUGGGUGAUAGAGAUAAGGGAAAUGGCCAAGUCAAGCAUCCCCCUGCUCACAUGCGAUGGCCUCAUAGACAUGCUGAUCAGGUUCGUGGGUUAAGUUUGAGGGAAAUUGGGGGUGGUUUUGCAAGACACCAUCGUGCACCAUCUAUCCGUGCAGCAUGCUAUGCAAUUGCAAAACCAUCAACCAUGGUACAGAAAAUGCAAAAUGUCAAGAGAGUACGUGGACAUCCAAUAUUUGAUCGCUCAGGGAGAUAUGUUGUCACUGGUUCAGACGAUCGCCUUGUAAAAAUCUGGUCCAUGGAAACUGCUUUUUGCUUAGCUAGCUGUCGUGGGCAUGAGGGGGACAUUACUGACUUGGCUGUAAAUUCAAACAAUACCUUGGUGGCAUCCUCUUCAAAUGAUUGCAUAAUUCGAGUUUGGCGUUUGCCAGAUGGGAUGCCAAUAUCAGUUCUGCGUGGGCACUCUGCAGCUGUCACUGCCAUUGCAUUUAGUCCCAGACCUGGUUCUGCAUACCAGCUUUUGUCGUCUUCUGAUGAUGGAACAUGUAGGAUUUGGGAUGCCAGGUCUUCCAACUUAGGUACAAGAAUAUAUGUUCCAAGGCCUCCAGAUCCAGUGGCUGGAAAGAACAGUGGUCCUCAGAGACAUCAGAUUUUUUGUUGCUCAUUUAAUGCUCAUGGAACUGUAUUUGUCACUGGUAGCUCUGACCACCUUGCUAGGGUGUGGAAUGCUCUUAAAUCCAACACAGAUGAUUCAGACCUGCCAAAUCAUGAGAUAGAUGUGUUACCUGGCCAUGAGAAUGAUGUUAACUAUGAUACUGCUUUGCUUUGCAGUGGUUGUGCUGUGCCAUCUAGAUUUUCUAUGGCUGACUGCCCAAAGGAAGAGAAUAUUCCAAAAUUUAAAAAUUCAUGGUAUUCUCACGACAGCAUUGUUACCUGUUCUCGAGAUGGCAGUGCAAUUAUUUGGAUUCCAAAAUCACGUAGAUCACAUGUAAAUGACCUCUAUUUAUGUUACCCCUCCCUGCCUCAUGGUUUUCUUUCUUCUCAAGGAAGUGAGAGUCGGUCAAUUACUUCCUAUGAGGGGAAAGCUGGCCGUUGGAUACGACAUUAUCAUCUGAAAGUUCCUCCUCCACCAAUGCCUCCUCAACCUCCACGAGGAGGUCCACGACAGAGAAUUCUUCCAACACCUCGUGGGGUAAACAUGAUCGUGUGGAGUCUGGAUAAUCGUUUUGUCCUUGCUGCUAUCAUGGUUCCUAGAGUGUUGGAGAAAUUCAAAAAAGGAAAGGAAAACAAGGCUGUAAUUCUGAACAGGCUUAUGCUUUUCGUUGGUGUUGGUAUAGGUUAUCUAGUUUUAAGCAAAUUGGAAGCCAUGGGAAUGUUAUUCACACCCUUUGAUUCCUGGGCAAGUUCAGGGACAUUGGGUGAUGAUUCUUGUGCAGAUUGCAGAAUAUGUGUUUGGAAUGCUGCUGAUGGUAGUUUGGUGCAUUCUUUGACUGGUCAUACUCAAUCUACAUAUGUUCUUGAUGUUCAUCCUUUCAACCCACGAAUAGCUAUGAGCGCUGGCUAUGAUGGAAAAACAAUAGUGUGGGAUAUUUGGGAGGGCACACCCAUCCGGAUCUACGAAAUAUCACAUUUCAAAUUGGUUGAUGGAAAGUUUUCACCGGAUGGGACAUCUAUUAUACUUUCGGAUGAUGUGGGUCAGUUGUACAUAUUAAAUACAGGCCAAGGCGAGUCGCAAAAGGAUGCUAAAUAUGAUCAGUUCUUCCUUGGUGAUUAUCGGCCUCUGAUACAAGAUACCUAUGGAAAUGUACUUGACCAGGAAACUCAGCUGGUACCAUUCCGGCGGAAUAUGCAGGAUCUCCUUUGUGACUCAGGGAUGAUUCCUUAUACAGAACCUUACCAGAGCAUGUACCAGCAGAGACGAUUAGGAGCUCUGGGUGUGGAGUGGAAGCCAUCUUCUAUAAGAUUUGCUGUUGGACCAGACUUUAGUCUAGAUCCGGAUAACCAAAUUCUCCCCUUGGCUGACUUGGAUGUAUUGGUUGAGCCACUGCCUGAGUUUAUAGAUGCCAUGGAUUGGGAACCAGAAAAUGAUAUGCAAAGUGAUGACAAUGAUUCAGAGUACAAUGCCCCUGAAGAGCAUUCUUCUGAGGCCGAGCAAGGAAGUUCAAAUUCUAGUUCCUCUGUUGAACCAGAGGAUAGUGCAGAAGACAGUGAGGCUGAGGCCAGGGAUGGUUUCCGAAGAUCUAAAAGGAGAAAACAAAAGGCUGAAAUUGAGAUAAUGACUGCUUCCGGGAGGCGUGUUAAAAGAAAGAAUUUAGAUGAGUGUGAUGGAAACUCAAUGAGAAGCAACCGAAUUAGGAAAUCAAGGAUUGGUCGGAAAGCUUCAAAGAGGAAAUCUUCCAUUUCAAAGGCCUUGAGGCCUCAAAGAGCUGCUGCCCGCAAUGCGCUUAGUUUGUUUUCAAAAAUUACUGGAACAGCUACAGAUGGAGAAGAUGAAGAUGGCUCCGAAGGCGACGUAUCAGAAACUGAAUCUGGAAUGCAAGACUCAAAUAUUGAAAGUGAAAGUGACGAAUCAGAUAGAUCUUUUCACGAUGAGGAAAACAGGAAUUUGAAAGGAAAAGAUAUCCUGGAAGAGUCUGAAGACUUUGCUAAAUCACAUCAACUUAUUGAAUCUCACAUGAAUACUAUAAAUAGGAGGAGGUUGGUCCUUAAACUGCCAGUUCGUGAUUCUAGUAAGAUUAUGCUCCCAGACAGUGGAAUACAUAAGUAUGAUGACCAGGUUGAUUUGGUUGGAUCAUCGUCCAAAACUCCCCAGGCAGCCACCGAGGUAAAUGGGGUUCCUACAAGCUCUCAAGAUCCUGGAUAUUUUUCUUGUGAUGCACAUGACAGCAUAAUGGAUGGAGGAAGAAGAGCACAGAUAGACAAUUAUCCUUUGGACCUGUCAGAAGGAUACAAAAAUGGGGAUAUCAGAUGGGGAGGUGUAAAAGCUCGCACUUCUAAGCGUCAGAGAUUGGGAGAAUCCAUUUCAUCAGCAACAUAUACUGGAUCUAGUGCAUGCCUCGGUGAACACAAUGAAAAUGAAAAUAUUCUCAACAGAUACUCGAAACUUAAGGAGGAUAAUGGCACAAUAUCCCCUAGUUUAGAAGUGCAGAAUAACUCGGACAAUGGAGGAGUUGUACCAGUGAAUGGAAGGAAUGCUGUUGCUGAUACCUCUGAGGCUGUAAAUGAUAUGUCCAAUGGUAAAGAGCACCCAACCUGCAAUGGGUCUGUGGAUUCUGAUAAAUUACCAAACCUGGGUCACAUGGCUAAUGGAAAUGAUAACCCUCCUGAUCUCAGAGAGAGCCUCCCAUCUUUCUCAACUAAGAUAAGGAUAAGAUCGAAAAAGAUGUUGAAGGAUUCACUAGAUAAUCAGGGAAAUGGUGGAUGCGAUUUACCUACUGAUAAGCCUGCAAACAUGACACAGAAUCCAGUCAAGGAGAUGCUGGAGCAUGAUGGCUCCAAUGGAAUUACUCCAGAAUAUAAAGGUGAUGGAUUGGAAGAAUUGGAUACUCGGAUUGGUGAAAUUUCCAUGCCACCCUUGGACGACUCAGUGGCGUCCUGUUCACAUCCCAAAAAGAUGUUUGAUGUUGUUUAUAGAAGGUCAAAGCCAGGUAGAGGUAGAGUUAGCACAGAAGGUGAUGGCAUCAUAAGAGAAGACACUUCAAGUGCUUGUGACCCUCAUCUUGAUUCCAGAGGGGAUUCCUAUGAAGGCAAAAUUGGUGGAUCUCAUGGCUUGAAGGCACCCACACAUGAUGCAAAUAUUGCGAGCAAUAAUCUCCAGUUGGGGCAGGGACAUGAAUCAGAUGAUACAUGCAGAGAUACCCACAAUGGUUCCAUUAAUAGAUGUCAGCUUCCACGUGAAGAAUGGGGAUCUAGCUCAAGGAUGACAGUUCGAUUGAGAUCUACUAGAAACAGGAAAGCCAGUUAUCAUUUUCGCGACACAAGUCCAGUAGAUGGAAGGAAGUUGCAUCAGUCAGCCAAAAGAGCAUCAUGGUUAAUGUUGUCAAUGCAUGAGGAGGGCUCUCGUUAUAUCCCCCAACAAGGCGAUGAAGUAGCAUACUUAAGACAGGGCCAUCAAGAGUACAUAGACUGCAUGAAGUCUAAAGAAGCAGGCCCUUGGAAGGCAGUGAAGGGAAACAUAAGGGCAGUUGAAUUCUGUAAGGUUGAAGCCCUUGAGUAUGCUGCACUUGCAGGAUCUGGUGAUGGUUGCUGCAAAAUGACACUUAGAUUUGUAGAUCCUACUUCCAGCGCAUUUCAGAAAUCAUUCAAGUUAACUCUACCUGAAAUGACAGGCUUCCCAGAUUUUCUUGUUGAGAGAACUCGGUUUGAUGCUGCCAUACAGAGGAAUUGGAGUCGCAGGGAUAAAUGUAAGGUCUGGUGGAAAAAUGAAGGUGAAGAAGAUGGUGAUUGGUGGUAUGGCCGGGUUCUAUAUACAAAGCCCAAAUCUUCUGAGUUUCCUGACAGUCCAUGGGAGAGGUGUACUGUUCAGUACAAGAGUGAUCCCAAAGAACUGCAUCAACACAGUCCUUGGGAGCUUUUUGAUGAUGGUACUAAGUUGGAGCAGCCUCAUAUAGAUGAAGAGGUCAUGAAUAAGUUGUUGUCUGCCUUUGCCAAAUUAGAGCGAUCAGGCAAGAAAGACCAGGAUCACUAUGGGGUUGAAAAGCUAAGGCAAGUUUCACAGAAGUCUAAUUUUACCAACAGGUUCCCAGUUCCAUUGUCUCUUGAAGUGAUCCAGUCAAGGUUAGAAAACAACUACUAUAGAAGCUUGGAGGCAUUGAAGCAUGACUUUGAGGUCACAGUGUCAAACGCGGAAUCAUACUUUGAGAAGAACGGAGAUCUCUUGACGAAAAUGAGACGUUUAUCAAACUGGUUUGCACGGACAUUAUCUUCUUUGUAG